AUGGCUCAACAACGCCCCAAUCUCCUGGACCUGCGGGCCAACUCUCACAGCUCAGCCAUGUCCUCCGUCUCGCGACCCCUGAGAUCGCCGCGGUUGCACGUCGCUGGCGAAGCACCUCCCGAACUAUCCCCAUUAGAUGCCUUUGCCCUUCAGAGCCGCAUGCUGGCCAAGCAGCUCCAGGCCAGCGAAAAGGACGGUCAGAGGCUGAGCCGCCUGCCACCCUUGACAGUAGAGAGCCCACUGAUGGUCCAGGGCAGGUCCGAUUACUUUCGCUCCAUGUCUACCGAUGCUGAGGCCGAGUCACUACAUGCGCAAGAGGGAAAUCGGUCUCCAGAGAGCUCCCUCAACUCUGGAUUGGGGCUGAGGACUGAAUACCAGGACGCAUUUGGCCCAGAGGAGCGCCCCAGAUCCAUGCACCCACGCAUGAGCAGCGUACCUCCCUCGUCACACGAACCGAUGCCUGAGAUGCGACCACCUCCGGUCGAUUUUACGAGGCCACAGCCGCAGCUGAAUCGAGACCAGACUUCCUUUGGCACACGGCAAGAGCGGUCGCCGUCCCCCUUCCUCAACAAUGAUAUCCAGCCGAUACCCGAUCAGAAUACGGAGCGACUGCCUGUCCGGAAUGAUAAUGCCCCGACGUCCGGCUCGCCCCUGCAGACUUCUACGCCCGCCGAUGCAUUCGACGGGCCCAAUCCAGGCUCCCUGGACGAUAUCGGCCUCGCACCCCCGCGCCCCGUAUUCCCAAAGCGAUCAUCCAGCAUCAUGUCGUCCCCCCUGUCGCCCUCUGAGGAGGACGGGUCCGCUAGCCUGUCCGGAUCCUUCAACUCGCUACCGCCCCGCAAGCUUUCAUCCAGCAGUACAGCCUUUGCCAACAACCCUGCUGUCACCCCUUCGUUGAACCAGCUCAGACGAACCCCGUCGGCUGGGUCCGAGUCGUCAGCCUUACCGCGCCCCUCGUUCAACUUCUCCAGGCCCAUGAGCCGAUCCGGCACCCCCAGCUUCGACGCACCGUCUCGACAGGCCUCGUGCGACAGCCAGCCCUCCUUCUUCCUGGCGGAUGAGACAAUGCACACGCCUGUCAGCAUGCACAGCGAUGCCUUCACGGACAACCUACCCGAGGAUUAUCAGGCUGCGCCCUCAUACAUUUACUCCAAGUUUGCUCUCCCCAGAGGAAAGGUGGUUCAGCGGGGCGAGGGUCCGGAAAACCAGAACCAGGCAGCGUCUUCGUCGAGGAACGCACCGCCAUCACCUCCUUCUCGCCCAACCAGCUCAUCCUAUGUCAAGCCUGUCGCUGAUGAUGCUGCGAGCGUCAUGAGCAGCCUGACACGUCCGUCUACGGACUCCAGGAAGCCCAGCUUUGACAGCUCCAGGCUGGCCGUCGACUACCCCCCGCCUCCCACAGGCCGACAGUCGCAGGAUGAGAACCGGUCGUCCGAGGAGAUCCCUAGGGGCCGCGCCCGCUCGCCGCGCCUGCCAGAGCCUCCUCGCGGCCGCACACCCACAUCGAAUGCGCCCACCAGCGACACAGCCAGCACGGUACGCCCGCCACCUACAGCUCGUUCAGGUACGACAGUCUCGGAUAUGUCGGCCGAGGAGCACCUGGCCAAGGGAAUCUCUUGCCACGAGAACGGCUCCCUGCAGGAGUCUACGUACCAUCUGCGCCAUGCUGCGCGUAUGAACAACCCCACAGCUAUGCUUCUCUAUGCCCUGGCCUGCCGACACGGUUGGGGCAUGAGAGCCAACCAGAAGGAAGGCGUGCAGUGGUUGCGCAAGGCUGCCGACUAUGCCCAGAUCGAGAUUGCAGAUGAUGAGGACCAAGCGAAGGACGGCAAGCAUGUUGAUGCCAUUGAGCGGAGGACGCGCAAGGCCCAGUUUGCCUUGAGCAUCUACGAGCUGGGCGUCAGCCAUAUGAAUGGCUGGGGAAUCGAGCAGGAUAAAGCUCUGGGGCUACGGUGCUUCGAAAUUGCUGGCAGUGAGCUUCCCCCCAUCCUCUCCCAUAUCCGGGUACGAAGUCGUGAAGCUAACCUCCUCGUCUCUUUAGCAUGGGGUGAUGUUGACGCUCUCGCCGAAGCAGGAUUCUGCUAUGCUCAAGGCAUCGGGUGCAAGAAGAAUCUCAAGAAGAGUGCCAAAUUCUACCGCAUGGCUGAAGCAAAGGGCAUGAGUAUGGUUGGCAACAGCUGGAUCCACAAGGCAAAGUACAACAUGGACGAGGAGGAAGCGUCGCCCACAAAGAAGGAGAAGGACAAGAAGAAGUCCCGAAGCAAAUCUCGCACAAGGUCCAUGUUCACCCGAAAAGCAGCAGCCUCAUGA